AUGGUCAUUAUAUUUAUUAUAAUAUUAAUGAAUUAUUAAAACUUUGAUUAUGCAAAGUAGUGAAAUCUUUGAUUUCACUUAUAUCUUAUUAUCAAUGAAAAGAAAACGAAAAAAAAAAAUUUACAAUUAAUAUGAAAAGAAAAAUUCAUUGAUCUACUAGAGGACGUUUCAGUCAAAGAAAAUUUCUCUUCAUCUGAUCAAUACUCUUCAGACAUAAAAAGGUAUGAUAGUACUUAUUUAUUUACAUAUUUAUAAAUUAAAUUGUCCAAUGAAAAACAGAAACAGUAAUAAUACUUAUUAAAUAUUUGUUUAGUGGUAAUAUAAUUGUAUAUGCGAAGAACAAAGAUUUUAUAUCAAUGUGACGUAUUUAUAGGUUAUACAUUCUACUGUACAUCAAUUUAACGUAGCGAUAGUAUAUGAUAUUCUACUGUAUAAACAAUAUUUUUUAUAGUAUAAAGAAUUUUAAAACGUGAUAUCAACAAUGUCAAGAUAUAUGAGAAGGGGAAUAUUACCGUUUGAGGACAAACGUUUUGACAGUCAAUUAUUUUACAAGAAAAAUAUUUUUCAACUAGACCUUGAUCACAUUGACAGCCCUCAGGAGUUAAGACGUCAGAGAUAUUUAAAAAUUCAAAAAAGAAAUAGAGAUAUGAAAUAUAAUGCUGGACGAGACAUAAUCGAAAUUUUUAAAUCUGACGAUGAAGAAGAAAAAGAAGAAGAAGGAGGAGAAAUGGAAUUUGAACCUAGUAACAAGUCCGAGAAAAGAUAUAAACGAUCCAAACAUUAUGCCAAUCAAUUUAUGUUGUCUGAAUGGUUGACUGAAAUGCCUUGGGAUAUUCUAGGCAAUUGGUUUAUGGUAGUUUGUCCUGAAGGCAAAAGAACCUUAUUAGUUGCACGCAAAAAUACAACAAAGGCUUUUAACAGACGUGGUAAUAGGGUAGGAAAAUUUCAAUCUUUACUGCCUGGAGGAAAUCCUGAUGAACAUCAUAGUCAUUGCACUAUUUUGGAUUGUAUAUGGAUAGAAAAAAAAAAGACAUAUGUUGUCUUGGAUGUGCUAGCAUGGUCUAAUCAAUCCUUUUUAAAUUGUGAUACAGCAUUUCGAUUCUUUUGGUUGAAAUCAAAAUUUGAAGAUAUAGCAGGAUUGAAAUAUGGUGGAAUUCGUAACAAUACUUAUCCUAUUUUACUUUUACCACAUACAUAUUUUGGUUGUUCUCUAGAAUCAAUCGUAGCGGAUGUAUCUGCUAUAGCACCUUUGGAUGGAAUUUUAUUUUAUCAUAAUGAUGCAUUAUAUACUCAGGGUCGCACACCUCUUGUAACAUGGUUGAAGGCUUUUAUGUUACCUGAAGUACUUGGAAUAUCUUUACCUUCUCCACAUGACAAAAUACCUGAUGAUUACAUAGACAUCAAGCAUUAUUUGCUAAAUUUCAAAGAAAAGAAGCAGAAGGAGAAAGCAAUUGCUUCAACAAGCAAUAUGGAAAUUGUGGACGAGGAUAUUGAAACAAUAUAAACUUGGACUUAAACAUAAUAGACAAUCUUCUGACUGAAGAAAUAUACAAUAUAUAAGUAAUUGAUGUUCUAAUUUAAUAUAACUAAAUUAUAUUUCAUUCGUAACAAAUUUAUUAUCUGUGUAAUAAAUAUAUAAUUAAUCUAAUCAAAAAGUAAAAAAAAAAAAAAACUAUAUAACCAUAUGUCAAAUACAUUAUAACUCAUCAUAAAAAUAAUGCAUGUAACAUGUCUAAAGAUUUUUCUGUCAUAUAUAAUAAAACACGCUUCAUAAUUU